AUUACCUUUUAGAAAUAAAGGUACAGAGUUGAAAUAAAAGUACAGUAGUAAUUGAAGCAAUGAAAGUAGUCUCGCGUAGCCAGACUCUUUUCAUAUCCGGGUAACAUAUAUCCAGGUAACAUAUAUCCGGGUAACACAUUAAACUACCCGGAUGUGAAAUGCCAGCUUACCAACUGUGUCUGAUUGUUAGAGCUACAAACAAGGGAGUCGCUUCUGUCAUUAGGCGGACAGCUCUAGCAAUUCUUGAGAGAAAUUGUGUUCUGAAGGAAAUAGAAAACUUAGGUGAGAGAGAUCUACCUUAUAGGAUGAGGUCACAUCAGGAGUACUUCACCAGGGGAAGAUACGUCUUCUUACAUUUCCAUGGAGCUCCAACAUUAAUUCACGACCUAAACGACGAUCUACAGCUAGAAACAGACAUUAUCCGCUAUUCUAUACUAAAAACAGCAUCUCAGCUUGCAGUAGGACACUCACUGUCUAGCAUUCUGGCUAAAGUGGCAAACUGAAAUAAAAGAAUUCAUACUGUGUGUGCUUGAGUA